CUGAUGGCGCUCCCCGUGGCCAGCCUGCUGGUUGUCUCUUUCCUGCAAACUGUCUUCACCCUAAACCCUGAGGACCCCAAUGUGUGCAGCCACUGGGAGAGCUAUGCGGUGACGGUCCAGGAGUCCUACGCACACCCCUUCGAUCAGAUCUACUACACAAGAUGCACGGAUAUCCUCAACUGGUUUAAGUGUACCCGGCACCGGAUAAGCUAUAAGACAGCAUAUCGGCGCGGGCUUCGGACCAUGUACCGGCGGCGGUCCCAGUGCUGCCCGGGCUACUAUGAGAAUGGAGACUUCUGCAUUCCCCUGUGCACGGACGAGUGCAUGCAUGGCCGCUGCGUUUCGCCGGAUACCUGCCGCUGUGAACCAGGCUGGGGAGGUCCCGACUGCUCCAGUGGCUGCGACAGCGACCACUGGGGUCCCCACUGCAGCAACCGGUGCCAGUGCCAGAACGGCGCCCUGUGCAACCCCAUCACCGGCGCCUGCGUGUGCGCCGCCGGCUUCCGAGGGUGGCGCUGCGAGGAGCUGUGCGCGCCGGGCACGCACGGCAAAGGCUGCCAGCUGCCGUGCCAGUGUCGCCACGGCGCCAGCUGCGACCCGCGCACCGGCGAGUGCCUCUGUGCUCCGGGCUACACCGGCGUCUACUGCGAGGAGCUGUGCCCCCCUGGAAGCCAUGGAGCUCACUGUGAGCUGCGCUGCCCCUGCCAGAAUGGGGGCACCUGUCACCACAUCACCGGCGAGUGUGCGUGUCCUCCAGGCUGGAUGGGAGCAGUGUGUGCACAGCCCUGCCCACCAGGCACGUUUGGCCAGAACUGCAGCCAAGACUGUCCUUGCCACCAUGGCGGGCAGUGUGACCAUGUGACUGGACAGUGCCACUGCACAGCCGGGUACAUGGGAGAGAGGUGCCAGGAAGAAUGUCCCCUUGGGACCUUCGGCUUCCAGUGCUCGCAGAGCUGCGAUUGUCACAAUGGAGGCCAGUGUUCACCCGCCACCGGCGCCUGCGAGUGUGAACUGGGCUACAAGGGUCCAAGCUGCCAGGAACGGCUGUGCCCCGAGGGCCUGCAUGGCCCAGGCUGCGCCUCGCCUUGCCCCUGCCAUCCGGACAACACCAUCAGCUGCCACCCAGUAACCGGAGCCUGUACCUGCCAGCCGGGCUGGUCUGGCCACCACUGCAAUGAGUCCUGCCCUGCUGGCUACUUCGGCGAUGGCUGCCAGCUGCCUUGCACCUGUCAGAACGGCGCCGAUUGCCACAGUGUCACUGGGAGCUGCACGUGUGCCCCGGGCUUCAUGGGAGAGAUCUGUACAGUGCCCUGUGCAGCAGGGACCUAUGGCCCCAACUGCUCCUCUGUCUGUAGCUGUAACAACGAUGGCAUCUGCUCCCCCAUUGAUGGCUCCUGCACUUGCAAGGAAGGGUGGCAGGGCCUGGACUGUUCCCUGCCAUGUCCCAGUGGGACAUGGGGCCUGAACUGCAAUGAGAGCUGUACCUGUGCCCACGGGGCAUCCUGUAGUCCCACCGAUGGCUCCUGUGCCUGUACCCCAGGCUGGCUGGGGGAGAGCUGCGAGCUGCCCUGCCCGGAUGGCACAUUUGGGCUGAACUGCACCGAACAUUGUGACUGCAGCCAUGCUGAUGGUUGCGACCCUGUCACGGGCCACUGCUGCUGCCUAGCAGGAUGGACAGGCAUCCGCUGCGACAGCACGUGUCCCCAAGGUCGCUGGGGCCCCAACUGCUCCAUCUCCUGCAGCUGUGAGAAUGGCGGCUCCUGCUCUCCGGAGGAUGGAAGCUGCGAGUGUGCCCCUGGCUUCCGAGGACCCUUGUGUCAGAGAAUCUGUUCCCCCGGAUUCUAUGGUCAUGGCUGCGCCCAGCCUUGCCCCCUCUGCGUGCACAGCAGCGGGCCUUGUCACCACAUCAGCGGUGUCUGUGAGUGCCUCCCGGGCUUCUCUGGAGCCCUCUGCAAUCAAGUGUGUGCUGGAGGGCACUUUGGGCAGGACUGUGCCCAGCUCUGUUCCUGUGCCAACAACGGGACCUGCAGCCCCAUCGAUGGCUCCUGCCAGUGCUUCCCUGGAUGGAUUGGCAAGGACUGCUCACAGGCAUGCCCACCAGGCUUCUGGGGCUCUGCCUGUUUCCACACGUGCAGCUGUCACAAUGGAGCCACCUGCAGCGCAGAGGACGGGACCUGCCACUGCACCCCAGGCUGGACGGGACUUUUCUGCACCCAGCGUUGUCCAGCAGCGUUUUUCGGAAAGGAUUGUGGGCGUGUGUGUCAGUGUCAGAAUGGUGCCAGCUGUGACCACAUUAGUGGCAAGUGCACUUGCCGAACAGGCUUCACCGGGCGCCACUGUGAACAGAGAUGUGCCCCAGGAACCUUUGGCUACGGGUGUCAGCAGCUGUGUGAGUGCAUGAACAACGCCACCUGUGACCACGUGACUGGCACUUGUUAUUGCAGCCCUGGAUUCAAGGGAAUCAGGUGUGACCAAGCUGCCCUCAUGAUGGAGGAGCUGAAUCCGUACACCAAGAUCAGCCCGGCUCUGGGCACAGAGCGGCACUCGGUGGGCGCCGUCACGGGCAUCGUGCUGCUCUUAUUCCUAAUCGUGGUGCUACUGGGCCUAUUCGCCUGGCGCCGGAGGCGACAGAAAGAGAAGGGCCGGGACCUGGCUCCCCGUGUCUCCUAUACCCCUGCCAUGCGGAUGACCAGCACCGACUACUCCCUGUCAGGUGCUUGUGGAAUGGACAGACGUCAGAACACAUACAUUAUGGACAAAGGCUUCAAAGAUUACAUGAAAGAUUCCGCGUGCAGUUCUAGUACUUGCUCCUUGAAUAGCAGUGAAAACCCUUACGCCACAAUUAAGGACCCGCCCAUCCUCACCUGCAAGCUUCCAGAAAGCAGCUAUGUAGAAAUGAAGUCACCUAUGCACAGGGGGUCUCCGUACACAGAUGGGCCAUCCUUGUCGACAUCUAAUAAAAAUAUAUAUGAAGUUGAGCCCACAAUCAGUGUGGUCCAAGAAGGCCUCGGUCAUAACUCCAGCUAUAUCCAGAAUCCAUACGACCUACCUAAGAACAGCCAUAUUCCUGGUCAUUAUGACCUCCUCCCAGUAAGACAGAGCCCUGCCAAUGGGUCCUCCCGGGACAUGCAGUCGUAAGAGGGAUGAGCUUCUCUCUUGCAGUGUGCUCUGCUGAACUUUCUCUGACUCACGAAAGAAGACAAUCCCUUGACUUGAAAUAACGGUGCAGAUUGACUCCAGC